AUGCCCAUCACUCGGAUGCGCAUGAGACCUUGGCUAGAGAUGCAGAUUAAUUCCAACCAAAUCCCAGGGCUGAUCUGGAUUAAUAAAGAGGAGAUGAUCUUCCAGAUCCCAUGGAAGCACGCUGCAAAGCAUGGCUGGGAUAUCAACAAGGAUGCCUGUCUGUUUCGGAGCUGGGCCAUUCACACAGGCCGAUACAAAGCAGGGGAAAAGGAGCCGGAUCCCAAGACCUGGAAGGCCAACUUUCGCUGCGCCAUGAACUCGCUGCCAGAUAUUGAGGAGGUGAAGGACCAGAGCAGGAACAAGGGCAGUUCAGCUGUGCGGGUGUACCGGAUGCUCCCACCCCUCACCAAGAACCAGAGGAAAGAGAGAAAGUCCAAGUCCAGCCGAGACGCUAAGAGCAAGGCCAAGAAGAAGCCAUAUGGGGAAUACAGCCCCGAUACCUUCUCUGAUGGACUCAGUAGCUCCACCCUGCCCGAUGACCACAGCAACUACACAGUUCGCAGCUACAUGGGGCAGGACCUGGACAUUGAACGGACUCUCACUCCAGCGCUGUCACCGAGCGUCAGUAGCACUCUCUCUAUCUGGCCCAUUCCAGUGGAAACUGUGCCAGACAGCACCAGCGACCUGUACAACUUUCAGGUGUCGCCCAUGCCCUCCACCUCCGAAGCUGCAACAGAUGAGGACGAGGAAGGGAAAUUAACUGAGGACAUCAUGAAGCUCUUGGAGCAAACAGGGUGGCAGCAGACAAGCGUGGAUGGGAAGGGGUACCUGCUUAAUGAACCCGGGGCCCAGCCCACCUCUGUCUAUGGAGAGUUCAGUUGCAAGGAGGAGCCAGAAGUUGACAGCCCUGGGGGGUAUAUUGGCCUGAUAUCUUCAGAUAUGAAGAACAUGGAUGCCAGCUGGUUGGACAGCCUGCUGACCCCGGUCAGGCUGCCCUCCAUCCAGGCCAUUCCUUGUGCACCAUAG